CUUCCGGUUUAUUGGCGCCAAAUUUGUUCUAAAAUGGGUGAUAAAAGUGAUUCAGGCUACGACCCGGCUUCGUUGCCGGAUCUGUUACCGAUGUAUUAUAGGAAACUGUUUCCAUACGGACCCUACUUUCGCUGGCUGAAUUAUGGAGGAGCUCCAAAAAGUUACUUCACAAACCGAGAAUUUUCGUUCACCUUAAAAGAUGACGUGUACAUCCGCUAUCAGUCAUUUUCUGACAAACAGGAGAUGGAGAAGGAGAUACAGAAGCGAUGUCCUUACAAAAUAGAUAUUGGUGCUGUAUUUUCACACAGGCCCAAGGACCAUAAGACGGUGAAGGCGGCAGCAUUCCAGGCUCAGGAGAAAGAGCUUGUGUUUGAUAUUGACAUGACAGACUAUGAUGAUGUGCGCUCGUGUUGUUCAGGUGCAGACAUAUGUAACCUGUGUUGGCCUCUCAUGCAGAUAGCCAUUAAGAUCAUCGACAGAGCUUUACGAGAUGACUUUGGCUUCAAACACAUGCUUUGGGUUUAUUCUGGACGACGUGGUGUCCAUUGUUGGGUUUGUGAUGAAGUUGCCAGGAAACUCUCAGCUCAAGGACGAACAGCCAUUGCAGAAUAUCUCAGCGUUGUAAAGGGAGGGGAACAACAGACAAAGAAGGUGACGUUGGAUGACCCCAUUCAUCCCUCUAUCAGACAGUCCAUAGAUAUUGUACGGCAACACUUCCAUGACUACUCCAUCAAAAAACAGGACUUCCUGGGCGAUGAGGAAAAACAGAAAAAAGUGCUAGCUCUGGUACCAGAUGAUGUGCUGAGAAAAACGUUAGAGGGAGACUUUGAGAUGGGAAGCAACUCUGGCAACUGGUGGGCAAUCAUAGAGAAACGAGAAAAAGACUGUGUGUCUAAGGGUUCCUUCAAGGCAUCACACCACAUCGUGGAGGAGAUUAUGUUACAAUACUGCUACCCCCGACUCGAUGUCAACGUCAGUAAAGGUGUCAACCAUCUUCUCAAAAGUCCCUUCUGUAUACACCCUAAAACAGGGCGAGUUUGUGUGCCAAUAGAUAUCGAACAUGUGGAGGACUUUGAUCCAAUGGCAGUACCCACUAUCAGUCAGAUACUGGAUGAGUUAAAUCAGACGUCUGCAGCAGCUGCUGAUGAUUCAGGGAAGAAAGUCAAAGAUUACAAGAAGACGUCUAUGGGGGAGUAUCUAAGAAUAUUUGACAAGUUCCUGAAAGGCUUAGAGUCAACGUGGUCUGGAAAAAUCCUUAAACAGAGCGAUGAAAACAGAGAGUUUUGACAACUGUGAGAGGAUUUCUAAUGCAUAGGAACGCAUUGUCAUUUAAAAUUAAAAAAAGGUAUUUAGACAUUCGAACAUUUGGAGGCUGAGCUCACAGACUUCAUGUAGUGACAGAUAUGCUGUGAAAGUACAAGAGACAGGAUUUGAUCAUGGAUAGUCUGCAUAGAUACCACAGGUGACUUGUACAGGAUUGUCUGGUACAUUCAGUGAUAAGCUACACUUGUUACAACUAUGUUUUAGAUAUAUCUGAUAUUCUCAACACUGUAUACUAGACAAUGCAAUGUGUGUCAUGAAACUAUAACAUCAUUAGGUCAGGUGACCAUCAUUGUAACGUCACCGAUCUGAUUGCGACAACACUGAUCUUGCUGUUCUAAAAACUUUACAGACUUGGCAUUAAGAACGGGAAACAACAGAAGAAAGAAAAAAUACUGUUCACUGCAGUUUAGUGUUCCGACUUUUUUCCCCUUCUGUAAUUGGGGCGAAUUUAUCAUUACAGCGAAUGUUUGUACACAGCAUAAUACACAUAGUAAGUAAAUGUGAGGGGCAAAUUUAAUUUGGGCAAAAACAAAUUUUAUCAUCGAAGGACGAACAUUCUACUGGGAGAAAAUUGCCUGGGCUACAACACUCCAUUGAUAUAGAUAUAUAAUUAGUGAUUUUUUUAGCAAAUUAUGUCAGGUUCUAUAACGUCCUUUGUUAUUGCAUAUAAACUAUGAAUGAAUGAAGAACUGCUGGAAAUACGUUUAUCAGCUAAAGCAGUGCAUGUUAACGGAUGCUAACUCCAUCUGCUGUAACAUUCAAUAAUUAAAGAUUUUAAUUGUUCUUUAGUGGAAAAUUAUGAACUAUAAAAAAGUUCAAUGAAAUGAAAUACAGUUCACAGUCUGGAAAAAAUACUGCCUACAGAAGUGGAAAAAAUAGAUUUUACCAUACACCAGAAAUAUGCAUAACUGCAUACAUGUAUUUCUAUUUUUUGUUCUUUCACUUAAAUUAUAAAAAAAUUCAAGAAUGGUUUGGUGGGGAUAACAGAAACUAUCUUUGAACUACUAGAAAAGUCUUGUGCUUCUUGUUUUUAUUUUAGUCUUUUCCAGAACCUGUCACGGUUUGGGUAUGAGAAUUUUCUUGUUAUACAAUAUUUAAGCCUAGGUGAUCGAUUUUACUCCUUUACCUCUGUAUUUCCUUCGUGGAAUUUUCCAUCUUUGAUUUAGAGCAGUCCAUAUGUGGCCUGAGGGGGUUUACUUUAUCAUCGUCUACAUUGACACAUUCUUGUUGAAGGUGUCUCGACCCUUGGAAGGUUCUGGAAUAGACUGUUACUAAAUUUAAUAUUAGAUAUUGGUAUGUAUACAUUUGUGUAAAUAAUGCAUGUUAAUAAAAUGAUGGUCUAUGUCAGUAAAAUAUUUAUC